GGUCUGUUUGGAGCAGGGUUACGUAGCACACCGCUGUCUGAGCUUUACCUGUCGCUCGACACCCCUCUCAAAGCUCGUAGGCAGUGGUAGGUGGAACUAUAAAGCCCCUCUUCAUUUCACACCGCCUUUCUGCAGCCAGUUGAAGGCACCUGCAGAAAAUACCAUGGGAAGAGGCAGCGAAAGAGGAAGGGAAGUGAAACCCGCUAUAGUUCUGUCUAGGCCAAAUAAUAAUUCCUGCACGUUGAAGGGAUUAAUCCCAGUAUUUACAUUUCCUUACAAAGAUAGUAGAUAUUCUUCCUGGUUUUAUUUUUUUUUUCCUAAGUAUACUUCAGGGUUAAAAACUGAUACAGAAAUCUGCAUAAAGUAGCCUCUCCUUACUGGAGCUCAAGUUAAUAUAUUCCUAAUUCUAUUUCUUCAUAGAUGUCAUGAAUGUCCUCUUGAUAGUCGUGGAUGAUCUGCGUCCUGUCUUGGGCUGUUACGGAGAUAAGCUUGUGAAAUCUCCAAACAUUGAUCAACUUGCUUCUCAAAGCAUUGUGUUCAGUGAUGCAUAUGCACAGCAAGCCGUGUGUGCUCCCAGUAGAGUGUCGUUUCUUACUGGACGCAGACCUGAUACUACCCGACUGUAUGAUUUCUACUCCUACUGGAGAGUACAUGCAGGAAAUUAUUCCACGAUGCCCCAGUAUUUCAAGGAGAACGGCUAUGUGACCCUAUCUGUGGGGAAAGUUUUUCAUCCUGGGGUUUCAUCCAAUUACAGUGAUGACUAUCCGUACAGUUGGUCCAUUCCACCCUUUCAUCCUUCAACUGAAAAGUAUGAAAAUGAUAAGACUUGUAGGGGAAAAGAUGGAAAACUUUAUGCUAACUUGGUGUGCCCAGUGGAUGUGACAGAAAUGCCCAGUGGCACUCUUCCUGAUAUUCAGAGCACUGAAGAGGCCAUACGCUUACUGAAUGUUAUGAAAACCAACAAGCAAAAAUUCUUCUUGGCUGUUGGUUACCACAAACCACAUAUCCCACUGAGGUACCCACAGGAAUUUCUCAAGUUGUACCCCCUGGAAAACGUGACAUUAGCCCCAGAUCCCUGGGUGCCUGAGAAACUACCUUCCGUAGCAUACAACCCCUGGACAGAUAUCAGACAGAGGGAUGAUGUGGAAGCAUUAAAUGUUAGUUUCCCAUAUGGACCACUUCCAGAUGACUUCCAGCGGCAGAUUCGUCAGAGCUAUUAUGCAGCAGUUUCUUACCUGGACACGCAAGUUGGCCUGCUCUUGAAUGCUUUGGAUGAUGUAGGACUCUCAAAUAGCACAAUAGUAGUUUUUACUGCUGAUCAUGGAUGGUCCCUGGGAGAACACGGUGAAUGGGCAAAAUACAGCAAUUUUGAUGUCGCUACCCGGGUGCCGCUGAUGUUUUAUGUACCAGGAAUGACAAUUUCCUCUGUUAGACAAGGAGAGAGGGUCUUCCCCUACCUUGACCCUUUUAGCCGUAUUUUAGGCUUGGUACCUCAAGCUCACCAAGAAGUUAGAGGAGUGCCAGAGCGCAAAGGACCGUGUGACCUAAGAUGCAGCUCCUGCCUUGCAGAACUUCACACCUACAUGAAGACAACAGAUGAAAGCAAUGCAAUUACCAUUCCAAUGUAUCUGAACUUUUCAAGUGGCUUUGCAAGGAGUGCAGUAGUUGUAUGGAGGCAGUAGUGCAAUUAGGGGCUGUGCAUUAGUACGUUGUUGCAAGGGGUGAAGGUGGUAGUCUGGCCUGAUUCUGGAAGGCGAUGAGCACCAGGUAGGAACUGGAUGAGCUGAGCUCAUGUCAUGAACAGCAGUUUAACAAGUAGUGAAACUAGGGGGAUAUGAUACUAUCACUUUCCAAACUGGGCAAUCUCAAGAUCCUAAACCACAAACCACUUUUUUGUCAGAUACAAAAGACCAUUUAAACGCUGCUACUUAAGCAUCAUACUGGUGACUUGGAUAAUGACUGAAAAAACAUUAAUAAUCUUCGCUCUGAGAUGUUGUUUUAUCCGAUGUUCUUCUGAAGAUUAAUUUUUGUACAGUGUAGUUUUUACCAUUAUGGAUCUCUAGUCUUAUCAGAAAAUGAUAAAGUAGUACAAUAUCAACAAGCAACUAAAGCAAUGUUUGUUUUAGGGUGAAUGGGUUGUUCCAGUGCCAGGUGAAAUCUGUAGGUGAAUUGCAGUUGACUUUAAAGGGUUGGAACUUAGCAGAUUUCUCCUCUUCCCUGAAACUCUCCAAUCUACUGAUACUGAUAGUCUAGUGUCUUGGACUAACAAAAAAGGUUUUUUAGCUACGUGGUGGUACGCUUGCACAGAAAGCCCAGCUCUAGUCCUAUUAUUGUCUUCUCUCCAUAGUGUUAUUUUUGUUAUUGUUUAUAGCUUGUGAAAACAGGUUUAUCGCCAGUGAGAAAGCAAAGAGGGAAACUCUCUCUGUGACAAUUUUCAUACAUCUGGUAUCAUUAUUAAUAUUUUAUAUUAUUAAUAAUAAAUAGCAGUUUUAUAGGAAUGGUUUCCUUUUAUGGGCGAUGGCGGGACAGCUGUCUAGUUUGUAAUUUUAUAAUUUGUCCUGCAGGCAAUUUUGUGCUUAUGGCAUAUUGACUUCAGUAGGGAAUUCUGCUUAAAACCUGAUGGCACAACAGAUAACUCUGUAUUUCCAUGAAGGCAGGUGUAGGCAUUUGUGUUUCCACUGCCAGUCUCUAGGUACCUCUUUGGAGAGGCUUUGGAGGAAGAAAUCAGUGGGCUUUCCAUGUGUGUCCUGCACGCAAAAGGUGAACUUGCUAGGAAUGGUUACACUGAUCCGUGGUGUGAGAUGGUUGAAAAGUUACCUCUCCUCCCCUUAAGAAUUGUUUUAAUCUCUUCAGAUCCCUUGGGGGCUUUGCCAUUAGGAAAGGAUCACAACUUCCACGUGUGCUACUGAAAUUGCAGCAAAGCCUCAAAGUACAAAGUCAUCUUUUUAGGUCUCUAACCCCGUCAGUAGUCCUUUGUGGGACUCGUGGCGUAGGGAUUACUCCCUCUAUCUGAAGGACACCCUGGUUCAUCUAAGUGAUCGCCUCAGCCCCAAAGAACAGCUCAUAACACUGAGAAUGGUUGAUUGCAUUUAGCAGAGCUCUCCAGUUCUUGUGAGCUGAGCUAAGCUCCUGUCUAGCAGGUGAAUCGGAAAGCCUGAAAGCAGUAAGUAUCUGGAACAGUUAUUACCUUCCUCUAACAAGCUCCUGACUGGCAAGUUGGGUUUAAUACUUCUAACAUUAAUGGCAAAAAUGCUGCAACCUACUGACUAGUUCUCAGACACAAACCAGAUACCAGGGAUCCAGCGUACAAAGUCUUAACCCCCAAGGCUAUUGCCUCGUUUUUUCACUCUUUCAAAUAACCUUGCCUCUCAUAAAUCUGUUGCUCAUUUAAAGCAAACUUUCUGCUUGCAUCAGAAAUUACUUCCAGCGUUGGAUAUGAAGCGUUCUGCAAUAUGUUAUAAAAUGAGGGCUGGAUUCACUGCUUAAAUAAAGAAAGCCAGUUUUCUUCAAACGGAUCAUUUAUUGCUACCUUCAUGCUGUAUAUUUAUUGU